AUGGCAGGUAACGGUGGUAACCCAUGCCCAAAUUGCAUAGAUCACCGAGAAGUGUGUGUCUAUCCACCUGCGCCGCGCCGCGGAAACUAUGUGAAAUCCAAACCGUCGUCCUCGGUGCAGCGCCGACUGGAGCGCCUCGAGACUUUUCUUAGUAAUGGCCCUGGAAGCACCACGCAGAGCCCAACCCCAGCAGGACAGAAUAAUCCUGCGGAAAACGCAGCAGACACCAUCACUCUAUCAGCAUCUUCCAAUCUACAGUCGACCGCACAAUGGCCAGCGAGUCUGCCAGUGCAACAACCGGCACCACCCAAUUUAGCUGGAGCACCAUCUCAAAGAGCGCCACCAGUUGCAAUGUCCCCGGCGCAUUCAUCGCGGAUCUUUACGCCACACUCCAUGUCGCCGACCAAAGCACGCGGUGCGACAGGUUUUCAGAGGGCAGAGCGCGCCGUCACUCCACCACUAACGAUUGCGACCAGCCCAGAAGACUUUGACGACAGUGGACUACUACCAACUGAGGAGGAGGCUAGCUACGAAUAUCACGGUCCAGGCUCUUUUAUAUCAUUCUGUUCCAAUGCAUGCGUCGAGUGGACCUGUGAGAAGACAGGAGGACAAGACUUUGUUGCUCUGACAAAGACCCUGUCACUUAAUAUUUCUCAACAUCUAAAGGUGGGACCAGGAAUCUCUCACCGACAAGUGCCUGAACCAGAUGAAGCGACGGCCUGGCGGUGCGUCAACGCUUAUUUUGAUGAGUCAAGAGACGUCGUCUUUGGGAUCGUGUGUCGUACAGUCUUCGAAUCUCGUCUGCGGGCACAUUUUAAAAACGAUCAGCAGUAUGUUCUAGAACAAGACUCUUCGUGGUACGCCCUGAGAAACGCCGUAUACGCCACUGGAUGCCGGCAGUUGUUGUGCAAGGACCGGCCUGGACCUUUUCUCGUUGGAAGAGGUCACGGAUGGGAAUAUUUUCAGAACGCGCUCUCAGUUCAGACAGAUUUACUCUACGCUCGAAACAACUUUAUGGCAGUUCAAGCACUUGCAGUCAUGGUUUGGCUCCCAGGCUUCUGGUGGAUUGAAGCUCAUGCCUUAGGAAUGAUCAAUGCUGAUGGCUGUCAGGCUUUGUUUACCGAGAGUAUCUCCUCUCCCGCCCUAGACUAUAUGUUGAAUCUGAACGCAAUGAAGAUUGCUGAAUCACGAGGACUUCAUCGAAAACCUGCUGCUGCAUGGAAUCUUACCGAGUCAGCCUUGCAAACUCGAAGUUACAAUUGGUGGUCAAUAUAUGGCCGCGAACGCUCAAAUGCUUCGAGAUGGGGGAGACCACUGUCGAUAGACGAUGCAGUCAUUACUUGUCCUCUGCCUUCAAAGGUGGUGGCAGGUAGCAUGGUUAACCUUGACUUUGUAAUCCCGUGGAUCAAGCACGCCCAAGUCUCCGGUCAUAUCACUCAACAAAUAACCGCUCUGAAAGCUUCCACACCGUCGCUGGAUGAAGUGAUUCGAACGAUAUCCGAGCUGGAGCACACCCUGCGAGAAUGGCAUGACUCCCUGCCCCCCGUCUUCAGAAUAGAGACCAACCUUUCCGACAUUCCUCAAGACUUGGAUAUCGUCCACGUCCUUUACAUGCAUUACGCUUUCUUGGGAGGCCUCAUCACCAUCAACUCUCUACUUGCUCAUCCUUGGAAUAGUGAGGUGGUUCGGUUACGGCAGAGCGACACAGCAGAACUAGAAACCCAUGUGGCACAAAGUCUUCAGACAGUGGUAGGAGCGUCUAGGCAGAUCAUUAACAGACUAAGGCAUGUCAACAUUGAUGCUUGCUCUCCUCGAUGGCUCGUCUUUAUAUCCCCACUGACCGCAUUUAUGAACCUGUUCUUCUACAUCAUUCAAUAUCCAAUGCUGGCAACAGUUGAGUCAGAUUUAGACUGUUUGUAUCGAGUGUGCGGGCACUUCAACUAUCAAGAGUUCAUGUCGCCUGGUAUCAAACUUACAUUCUUUCGAGAAGUUACCAAUCUUGCACGCUCGGCGAUCACGAGGGCCAACUCUGACACCAGAUUUCGGAUCAGCCUGGACGCGACAGGACAUGUGAGUCCAGCGACAGCCGUCCGCGUCCUCAGUCCACAAAACGCUACGGUUUCAAAUAUCUAUGACCCAGCGUUGAUAGAAAUUUUGAAUUUGGACAACGAAAAUUGGGGCACACUUGUCUCAUGGCAGAGUGGCGACGAGGUGGCCGUCAUGGCACCCAGUCUCCAAGAUUACAGAAGUUCAGACAUGGCAGAAGGGGUUGGUUUUACAUGA